UUUUGACAUCAAACCACAGAAAUGUUUCCUCAUUAUGGAAGAGGAUUAGGGUGACUGAAAAGAAAAAAAAGGAAAGAAAAGUAAUUCUUAUUUUAAUCUUAUUUUAACAUCAGAAUUUUGACUUUUUCUCAGAGUCAGAGUUCUUUUUCUUUUCAGUGACCAUAAUCUUUUUAGUAUUAUUUCGGUAAAACAAAAUUCUUCAUAUGCUUUUUUCUAAUUGUGGGAUAAAAUAGCUUACAUCAACAAUAGAUUACCUAAAAAUGUGAUACGUGAUACCCAGAGCCAAUUUCGAAUGUCUGGCAGCCAUAAAUUUCCAGUGAGGUGGACGGGAAUUCUUGUUGAGAAUGGCAGAAAAGCCAAAUCAUCAGCUUGAAGACAAAUAAAGCCAACAAAAAUUGCUUAAAGCUUCACAGGUUUUGUUGUGAUAUGUUCAUUUAGCCGAUUGCUGUAAAAUCACUGACACUAGUCAGUGACUUGAUGCAAUUUGCUGGGUUCCUUAUAUGGGAAACUUUGGCUUGAUGAACUGACCUGUAUUGGAAUGUUUACCAUGUGGAGUGCCUUGAGACAACUUUUGUGAUUUGGCGCUAUAUAAAUAAACUUGAUUUGAAUUGAAUUUGAACAGGGAAGUUGGUGUCAAGAUGUUAAAGAUUAGCAAAGCUAAGGAUGAGUAUCCUACUGCUCCCGGGCAGGGUGAGUAGGAAAGUGGAUUUCAGACAAGAAAAAUUCCAUCAAACUAAUAUAUAAACAAAGGUUUAUACUCACGUCUCCUAUUUAAUGACAGUGAAAAUUAAACUGAGGUCACGAGUGCCUGGGGUUAUGAUCACUCAGUAUGUGGAAAAAGUCCCUGAAGGAAUGUCCACCCCAGAUUUCAUCCGGAAACCGAUCGCACUCACAAUUCAAGAAGGAAAACUGGCCAUCUUCAGAGCAAUCAUUAAUGGUAACCCAGACCCAACUGUGACCUGGAUGAGGAAUAACGGAGAAAUCAACGAGGACAGAUACAAAUGUGUUUUUGAUAAGUUUUCUGGUGAACACCAACUACAGAUGCCUGAUGUUAGCGUGGAUCAAGCGGAUACCUACAAGUGUUAUGCAAAAAACGACUUUGGAAAAGCCGUUGUCACCAUUACGCUCAACGUCAUCGAAGUUGGCUUUAAGAAGAAUAAAGCCAUGCAACAAUCAAGAACUGCAAUUCGGGAGUUACCUGAAGACUUUAAAAAAACAUUAAGAAGCAGGACGGACAUAGCAACAAAAGAAGAGACAAAGCUAGAAAUCGAUGACAGGUUUUGGGAACUGUUAUUGAGCGCUGACAAGACGGAUUAUGAGACCAUCUGUGCACAAUAUGGUAUUACAGAUUUCAGGUGGAUGCUGAAAAAACUUAACGAAAAAAAACUUGAGAGGGAGCAGGAGCAGGAGAAGGUUGUUGAAAAACUCUGCAACUUGAAGCCCAUUGAACUGAAACCUACCGGUGCUGCAGAGUUUGAACUUGAAAUGUCACUCAAAGACCCUAACAGCAAAAUUUUCUUAUUCAAGGAUGGAGUAAUGAUUCCCUUUGAUGUGGACACAGAAGUAAAACACGGACUUAAACGGGUGGGUAAGAAGUUUGUUUUCAGCAUUAGAGGUGUAAAUCCUGAAGAUGCUGGAAUGUACCAACUGGAAAUAGAUGGAGUCAAGAUAUUUUCAACUGAAUUAAAAAUUCCAGCAGUGGACUUCCUGGUUAAGAUUCAAGAUGUGAAUGCACAGGUAAGAGAGGAUGCUGUGUUUCAGUGUGUGCUCUCACAUCCAAUGUCAAAAAUCUCGUGGAUGGGGAAGAACAACCCACUGGAGCAAGGAGACAAAUAUGAUAUAACCGUCUCAGAAGACAUGCUGAUUCACACUUUGGUGGUGAAGGACUGCCUGCUACUGGACAAAGGAAUUUACGCAGCUGUGGCUGGAAUUAAAUCAUGCAAUGCCUGGCUCAUAGUGGAAGACCCAGGGGUUUUCUUCACCAGUGGCCUUUCAGAUGCAACUGCUAUCAUUGGCACAGAUGCAGAGCUGCUCUGCAAGCUCAGCAGUGAAGAUGGUGAAGCCGUGUGGUACAAAGAUGGACGAGAGAUAACACAGGCAGACAACAUGAGUACUGUUAAAGACGGAGCUUAUCGCAAACUAAUAAUCAAAAACUGCAAUGAGAAAGAUGCUGGAAAGUUUAAAUGUCAAGUUGAUGGUCGUAAAACUGAAGCCAUGCUGGUUGUUGAAGAUCCUCCAAGAAUCAACUCUGAUGACCUCGCUGACUUCAUGAAACCAGUUACAGUCAAAACGGGAAAAGAUGCAACCUUCAAGCUGGCAUUUGUUGGCCGCGAGCCAAUGAAAAUUCAAUGGUACAAUGAUGGUGAAGAGCUGAUGGAGGAGAAUAAUAUCAAGAUUGAGAAAUCCUCCACACAUAGCAGACUUGUACUCACCAAGUGCCAACGCAGAGCCAGCAGUGGAAUUAAAAUCAAAAUUAAAAAUGAAUGUGGAACAGCUGAGGCCAUCACGCAACUUAUAGUGUUAGAUAAACCCACACCGCCUCUGGGUCCGGUGGAUAUCAUUGAGAGUUCCUCUUCUUGCAUCGAGUUCAAAUGGAGACCCCCCAAAGACGCUGGCGGCUUCCCCGUGACCAACUAUAUUCUUGAGCGUCAGCAAGUUGGUCGCAACAGCUGGAAAAAGCUGGGAAAGAUUGGGCCAGAGUCUAAAUACAGAGACACAGAUGUGGAUCACGGGAGAAAAUACUGUUACCACAUCAGGGCUGAAACCAAACAUGGCACCAGUGAAAUGAUGGAGACUGAUGACAUCCAAGCAGGGACAAAGGCAUACCCCGGACCUCCAUCCGCCCCAAAGAUUGUCAGCGCUUUCAAAGACUGCAUUAAUCUUGCCUGGACUGCGCCUGCUAAUACUGGAGGAACAAAGAUUUUGGGAUACAGUGUGGAAAAACGCAAGAAUGGGAGUAACCUGUGGGGCAUGGUCAACCCACCUGAAGAACCCAUCAAAGGAAAACAAUGUGCGGUGAAGGAUGUGGUUGAAGGCAUUGAGUACGAGUUCAGAGUGUCAGCUAUCAACACGUCAGGCGCUGGAGAGCCAAGUGCACCUUCUGAGUUUGUGAUAGCAAGAGAUCCAAAGAAGCCUCCAGGUAAAGUUACUGACCUGAAGGUGACCGACUCCUCAUACACCACCUUGUCACUGAGCUGGACUAAACCCACUGAGGAGGAAGGCAUCCAAGAUGAAGCCAAGGGGUACUUUGUGGAGCUUCGACCAGCAGAAAACCCAGAAUGGGAUCGUUGUAACUCCAACGCCAUCAUUAUGAACUCCUUCACACUUGUGGGUCUGAGGUCUAUGGCCAUGUACUGGGUAAGAGUUAUCGCCACCAAUGAGGGUGGAGAGGGUCAUCCUCAGGAGUUGGACAAUUACAUCAUCGCAAUGCCUCCUCCAGUGAGACCUCAAUUUACUGACAGAAAAAUGAAGAACUUCAUGGUGGUGAGAGCGGGGAACACCACUCGAAUCAACUUCAAUUUUAAGGCAUCUCCAAUGCCAGAGAUCACUUGGCUAAAGGAUGGCUUGCCUGUAGCCAAAAAUGUGACAGUGAGCAACACAGAUACAUCCUCACAGUUAAUGAUACCCUCAUCAGAGCGUAACGACACAGGGAUCUACACCAUUAUUGUCAAGAACAUUGUUGGUCAGGAGACCUCCAGCGUUGAGAUAAGAGUCACAGAUGAUCCCAAGCCUCCGGGCCCCGUAGAGCUGAAUGAGAACGUGUCAGGAACUGUCUCAGUGACAUGGACGCCCUCUCCAGAUGAGAAGAAAGAUGACAGACUCCAUUAUGUAGUUAGCAAACAUGAUUCUGUUAAACACACUUGGCAAACAGUGGCUGAUCAUCUCUUCAACAACAUGUUCACUGCCAUCAAUAUCAUGCCAGGAAGGCAGUAUAAGUUCCGGAUCUAUGCCAAAAAUGACAUGGGGCUUUCAGAACCAUCUGAGUCAGCAACCUGGCAAGUGAACAAGAAGAAAGAAAAGGUUUUUUUAAACCUUCCUGCUUCCAAGAGCUGCAGUUUUGAGGCACCGCCAUCCUUUUCUGUUCCUCUAAAGAUGCACCAAAGUCCUGAGAGCUAUGAGUGCUAUAUGAGUUGUGCUGUGACGGGCAACCCCAGGCCCCAUGUCACCUGGUACAAAAACAGCCUCAGCCUCAACACCAACACCAACUACCACAUCACAAACACAUGUGGCGUCUGCUCCCUGCUGGUGCUCAACGUCAGACCCAAGGACAGCGGCGAUUACACAGUUGUUGCAGAAAACCCUCUAGGCAGGGUGGAGUGUGCAACAAAACUUCUCGUUAAAGAUUAACACGAUGAAGGUCUCCACAAGUCUCCUGUUUCAUUCAACAGGAUGGAGCAGCAUUUAUCAUUUAAAGAUUGCUGCCAUCCAAUUUACUUUUGUGAAUUAUUGUUAUGUGUUUAAAUAAAGUGCAUUCAAAAAGAAAUAAGCAUGGCAUGAUACACAAGUACUGCUAAGGAACCUUAAGAGCUUUAAGGAUGAACUAUACUGGAAAAUCGAUAACACCGUUAGAUAAGACCAAUCAUUAAAGAAAAGAGAUACAAAUUG